AAAAAAAAAAAAAAAAAAAAAAAGGUAAAACAGUUUGACACUGUUUUUUUUACUUACGAGGAGAGCUGCUACAGCGUUUGCUUGCGAUUGAAACAAAGGCGACUGUGCACAGAAAGGAGACGAUGACAUCAUCAUCACCCACUCACAGUGACAGUAGCGCUUCUUCUAAGCAUGACGGUAACCAGGACAGCUGGGAGAUUGUGGAGGGGCUUCGGGGGGUUCCUGCCACCAUGCAGGAGCCUGACAGACAGAAAGGCUUUCUACUCAAGAAGAGGAAGUGGCCCAUGAAGGGCUGGCAUAAGAGAUACUUUGUGUUGGAGAAAGGCAUCAUGAAGUACGCCAAGCGUGAAUCCGAUUUGCAGAAGGGAAAGCUUCAUGGCUGCAUUGAUGUUGGCCUCUCCGUCAUGUCGAUCAAGAAGAAAGCAAUGUGCAUCGACUUGGACACGGAGGACAACAUCUACCACCUGAAGGUGAAGUCUCCGGAGCUGUUUGAACAAUGGGUUUCAAAGCUGCGUCAUCACCGCUUGUUUCGGCAGAAUGAAAUCGCCGCGUACCCCCAAGAAAGGCAUCUCAUCCACCCCCUCUCCUCCUCGUCCCCCUCCUUCAAUGACUCCUACAGAAAACGGGCUGCUCUUACUAAGCAGGCAUCAAUCCACCAGGCAAAGGUCAGCUCCUGGCUUCACUCCUCAGAGGACAUGGAAAAGUGCAGCAAAGACUUGCAGGAAUGCGAAUCGUAUCUGCUAGAACUCAACCUGCUUCUCAAGAGCAUGGAGGUCCUCCGCCGCACGUACUCAGCUCCAGCCAUCAGUGCGCUACAAGCACAGACUUUUGACAUCCCCAAGAAGGAGAAGAGGCCAAAGAAAUGGCUAUCCAAGAACAGCAACAAAGAGAGAAAAGCCACUUUACAGGUUCCACGCUCUGGCUCCUCCAAGUCCCCUCGUCUCCAUGCUUCAAACCCCAAUCUGUCCACUUCUGAUGUCAACAUGCAGGAGGUGUGUCCUGAAUCACUAGAUUCACCCACAGAGGUGUCCAGCUUGCAGGAGGAUUUCUAUACGCUGGCCAAUAACAUCCACGCUACACUGAAGUCGGCCUUUAGUUCCCUGUCAGUGCAGAGAGACCGGCUCAGGCACACCAUCGACCUGCAGGCCCCCCAGCCGGGGCAGGUCUUGGGUUUGAAGACUGCUUAUGCCUCAGAAUUUCCGGACAGCCCCCACUCCUUGGUCCACCAGGCGUCCAAUGAGAGCAGAGCAUCUCUUCCAGACUCGAUAUCAGAGUUCUUUGAUGCCCAGGAAUACCUUCUCUCCUCCUCCUCCUCUGAGAAUGAGGCGUCCGACGAUGACUCGUACAUCAGCGACGUCAGUGACAGCGUCUCUGUGGACACCUACAUUAACGAAGGAGGCAGUGAGAGACACAACUCCGAGAAUGUGUUGACAACAGUCGACGGCAACAUCAAGACACACAGACUAGUGAGCAGCGUGGGAGCACCGGUUCGUCGACGCACCGUGCUGCCCUCUCCCAGCCUCGCCAGCAGCGUGAGUCUGUGGUGCAUCCUGAGGAACAACAUCGGGAAGGACCUGUCCAAAGUGGCCAUGCCAGUCCAGCUCAAUGAGCCGCUCAACACCCUCCAGAGGCUGUGCGAGGAGCUGGAGUACAAUGAGCUGCUGGAUACCGCCAACCGGACAGAUAACCCUUACCAACGUAUGGUGUAUGUCGCAGCAUUUGCAAUUUCUGCCUAUGCGUCCACCUUCCAUCGAGCAGGAAGUAAGCCCUUUAACCCCGUCCUGGGAGAGACGUAUGAGUGUGACAGAGCUGACAAAGGCUUCAGGUUUAUCUCUGAGCAGGUGAGCCAUCACCCGCCUGUGUCGGCAUGUCACUGCGAUUCAAAGAACUUCACCUUUUGGCAAGAUGUUCGAUGGAAGAAUAAAUUCUGGGGGAAAUCCAUGGAAAUUGUUCCAGUGGGAACUGCUCAUAUGACACUACCUGCGUUUGAGGACCACUACGAGUGGAACAAGGUGACGUCCUGCAUCCACAACAUUCUAAGCGGACAGCGCUGGAUAGAACACUAUGGCGAGAUGACCAUUAAGAAUCUCAACAGUGAUGUUUGCCAGUGUAAAGUCACAUUCAUCAAGGUUAAAUCGUGGCUGUCCACGGUGAACGAGAUAGAGGGCGUGGUUACAGAUUCAGAUGGAAAAAUUGUCCACUCCAUAUUUGGAAAGUGGCACGAGGGAGUGUAUCAAGGCAACCCACCUUCCGCCACAUGCAUCUGGAGAGCAAACCCCAUGCCAGUGGACCAAGAUCAGUACUACGGUUUCACCCAGUUUGCAGUGGAGUUGAAUGAGUUGGAUCCUGUCCUGAGACCCUUGUUGCCUCCCACGGACACACGCUUCAGGCCGGACCAGAGACUAUUGGAGGAGGGGAACGCAGACGCAGCGGAGGCACAGAAACAGAGGAUUGAGCGCCUCCAGAGGGAGAGGAGGAAAGUGCUGCUGGACAACAAUAUGACGCACCAGCCGCGCUUUUUCAAAAAAUCGAAGGAUGACACAUGGGUGAGCACCCGUACGUACUGGGAGCAACGCCAAGACCCGGGCUUCAGUAAACUAGACUUCCCUGUGUUGUGGUGACUGAACAGCUGCACAUUACAUCUUCAUCACAAUGCUGUUUUAGGAGGAAGUGUAAAACUGAACCGAGACCUAUCUGGAAGUGACUGGUUACCCGAAAUCACUCUGUGUCAUCUAAGCUCAACCAAUAUGGACUUUCUGUUCCUCAUUCGGGACUGUGUGGACGCUGUUCAACUGUUAAAUGCAUUAUUUCAAGCAGAACUUUUUAUUAUUUUAAUCUACAAGGUGUAUUGUAUAUUGUUUCUAAUGUCUUUGCAGUGUUGAUAUUGUUGUAAUUUAUACAAUGUCUGCAUAGACAAACACUCAUUUAACUGUUCUGUUGAAUCUCACUAUUUUACCAAAGUGCCUUUUGUAGUGCAGUAUCCUGAACCCAAUCAGCAGCUGUAGCAAUAAUGCUUUUAUUGAAAAAUAUGUAUAUAUAAUGGUUGUUUAAAAAAAGGGUAGAUCAUAAAUUGGCUAUUGGAUAGAGAAGUUUUAGUGUAUCAUACUGUUGUUCGUGUGUUUAUUAAAUAGUUGUCCGCUUGAUUUGCAGUCGGCGAUCCAUC